AUGGGAUUCGAAGUUCUCUCCUACGUCAGCGAUCGAAGAUUAAAGACGCCGCCGAGUUUGCCAAGGAAAGUAAAACAAGGAAGCGCGCCGACCCGAUGGUCGGAUUUCUUCAUGAUGUCCUUCAAAGAAAAUUAUGAUGCUCUUCGUGUCCCACGUGAAAGGAGAAAGCACUGGGCUACUCUGGCACGCGAUCGGGACAAAUGGAAGAAUUGCUGGCGCCCUCUUAAACAGUUCGAAGAUCAACGGGAGUCAAGGAUUUCAGUGCGGAUUCAGUCACGAAUGAUGUGUUCAGUAGGGAUCGAUCUCGGGACUACAUCGAUUAAAGUAUGCGCUGUGCAAGGAACGAGAAUCCUCAUAGAGGACCAAGUACGACACAAUGCAAACAUCGAUGGACGUGUAGGAGUUCAGGAUGCUCGUAAAAUUAUCACUGAAGCAGAAAACUUGCUACGAGAUGUGGUGAGACGAAUGAAGAAAGAAUUUUCGAUGGAUAUCGAUCGAAUAGGAAUAUCUGGUCAACAACAUGGAUUAGUUUUAUGGACAUCGGAAUCAUUACGACGCGGUGUUCUUGACUGCUCUGAAUUGUAUAAUUGGAUGUAUCCUGGAGAUCCACCGGCUGCAGCUAAACUACCCAAGUCUAAAAGUAACUGUGUAUUCCCUGGAUACGGUAUGCGAACGCUUUGUGAGCUCGCAUCUUAUUCGACUUUUGAUCCGAAGAAACACUGGGAUCGUUGCGGUAAUAUUAUGGAUUACUUUGCCUGUUACUUAACGGGUAACGAUGAAGUGUUGAUGAGUGAACAUAACGCUUACGCAUGGGGAUACUCGAGUGGUCUGGAAUGGAAUGCGGAGAUCUUGCCUUUCACACCUAAAUGGAUCAAACUUCCACGCAUCGUGCAAACUUACGUGGGAAAGUUCACAAAAAUGGGAGACGCACGACUUGAAGGCCUCCAGAAUAUUCCAGUCGGUGUGGCACUGGCCGAUCUUCACGCGUCGAUCAUGUCCGUUCGAGGUCACUACACAGGAGCUGACCAUGCAUAUCUCAUCCUUGGCACUUCAAGUCAACUGUGCUUUGUGCUUCCGAAUACCGUCAAAUUGCCUCCGUUACCAGUGACAACGCAUAUCUUCACGUUCUCCGAUGAACUGACAUUGGUGGCGGCUGCGUCGAUGAAUGGCGGCAACGCUUUGGAUGCGUUCCUAUCGACUUUACGAAGAUGGUCUACAGACGCAACGGGUAUGAGCACCAGCUUGGAUAUAUCACGUAUUCUGGCGGAGGUUGAUCGAGCAUCCUCAUCAUUGAAGAAUACACCUCGGUCAAUUCCUCACAUAAAUUCAUUGUUUAUUCAUGAGCGAGGUUCCGAAGACAAAGGAGUAGAAAUACGAGGACUUAAAACAAAUACAUCUCUGAUUGAUAUGCUGAUAGGAGUAUGCCGUGGAGUGAUUCGAAAUCUAUUUAGUCUUGUGCCACCUGAACUGUUCAUCUCCUACGGUGUAAAGAAACUUUUUCUAGUUGGAAGUGCAAAACAGGACCGAUUUCUUGUACAUAUUAAGGAAUAUUUAAAAGAGCAUGGUGCUAAUCAUAUAGAUUUACAUUUAGCAGAAACUGACACAUCUGCUGCUUAUGGGAUUGCUUUGUAG